CUACUUGCGUUCUACAUUCUCCGGACCCAUUGCAAAGUUUCGACUGCAGUGCGACGGUUGUGCUCAGCUCAGCUCAUUUGAUCAACAAGCUUAUAAGGGGACUUACCAGAAAAACAUAUUCGUGUGUAACUAAGAUUUUCAAAGUGUAAUGGAACCCGGUCCUGGUGCAGUAAAUAAUACGAAUUGUAAGGACAGCGGAUCCGUCUGCGGCAUGCCCGUAGAGGCGCACGAUCCGCUGUAUUUGGAGGCCUAUCGGCAGAGUGUCCAGGAUCCGGCUGCCUUCUGGGAGCAACAGGGCCACCUGCUUGACUGGGACCGACCCUGGCAACAGGUGCUGGACAACAGCAGUCCGCCCUUCACCAAGUGGUAUGUGGGUGGCUACCUGAACGCCUGCUACAACUCCAUCGAUCGGCACAUCCUGGCCGGAAAGGGUGCCCAGGUGGCCCUCAUCCACGACAGUCCGCUGACGGGAACGGUGCGCCGUGUGACCUACCAGGAGCUCUACGAUCAGAUUGUCCUGCUGGCCGGCGGCCUGGCCAAAAUGGGCGUGGUCAAGGGCGAUCGCGUGGUGAUCUACAUGCCCCUCAUUCCGGAGACCAUCAUUGCCAUGCUGGCGAUUGUGCGUCUAGGCGCCAUCCACUCGGUGGUCUUCGGCGGCUUCGCUGCCCGGGAACUCUGCUCGCGGAUCGAGCACGUGGAACCGAAGCUGGUGAUCGCCUCCAAUGUGGGCGUGGAGCCGGGCAAGGUGGUGCCCUACCUGGACAUCCUGCAUUCGGCCAUCAACAUGUCGCGCUGGCGGCCACCGCAGCGGAACAUAAUCUUCCGGCGGAAGAAUAUCGCCCCGGACACCACCAAGCUUGAUCCGCAGGGCGAUGUUCUCUGGUCGGAUGUCCUGAAGAUGUCCGAGAACGAGCAGCCGAUAGCCUGUGUUCCCAUCGAAGCCAACGACCCACUGUACAUCCUCUACACCUCGGGCACAACGGACAAGCCGAAGGGAGUGCUGCGCACCAUUGGUGGCCACCUGGUCGCCCUGAUGUACACGCUGCGCACCCUCUACGGCAUCAGUCCCGGCGACACCUGGUGGGCUGCCUCGGACAUGGGCUGGGUGGUGGGUCACUCGUACAUCUGCUACGGACCCCUCUGCCUGGGAGCCACCAGCGUGAUGUACGAGGGCAAGCCGGAUCGCACCCCGGAUCCGGGUCAGUACUUCAGGAUUAUCGACCAGUACCAGGUGCGCUCGAUCUUCUCGGUACCCACCUCCUUCAGGGUGAUCCGUCGCGCCGAUCCGGACAUCAGUCACGGACGACAGUACUCCAUGAAGUCGCUGCGGGCCAUUUUCAUUGCCGGCGAGCACUGCGACUAUGAGACCAAGGCCUGGAUCGAGAAGACCUUCAAGGUGCCGGUGCUCAACCACUGGUGGCAGACGGAGACUGGUUCCGCGGUGACCGCCACCUGCCUGGGCUUCCGGCAGAACCUCAGUCCGCCCACCUACUCCACGGGCCUGCCCCUCAUGGGCUACGACGUGAAGGUCCUGAAGCCGGACGGCAGCGAGGCACAGAUCUCGGAGCUGGGCAGGAUUGCGCUGAAGCUGCCGCUGCCCCCCGGCAACAUGGCCACUCUCUACAAGAACGAGGACCUCUUCCGCAAGCUGUACUUCCAAAAGUUUCCGGGCUACUACGAUACCAUGGAUGCCGGCUACAAGGACGACCGUGGCUAUAUCUUUGUGACGGCCCGCGACGAUGAUGUGAUCAAUGUGGCUGGACACCGGCUGUCCACCUCCAGCCUGGAGGACGCAGUGCUCCGGCAUCCAGACGUGGUGGACGUGGCUGUUUUCGGCGUUCCCGAGGCCACCAAGGGCCAGGUGCCGCUGUGCCUGUACAUUCCGGUGGAGAACUGCCAGAAGACCGAUGCCAAGCUGUCGACGGAGAUCAUCAAGCUGAUCCGUGAUGUGGUUGGACCCAUCGCCGCCUUCCGGCUGAUCACGUCCGUGAACAACCUGCCACGCACCCGAUCCGGCAAGACGAUGCGCAAGGCCAUGGCGGACUUCGCCCGGAACGAGCGCGUCAUCCUGCCGGCCACCAUCGACGAUGCCAGCGUCUUCAUCGAAAUCCGGCGGGCUCUGCGGCAUCUGGGCUACGCCAUGUCCGCCCCGGAACCGAUUGUGGCCAAGCUACUCGACUGAAGGGCUAAAUUUGGAAGCCCACUAUCUACUCCUUAGCUUGUACGAUUCCCAAGAUGAAAAUAAAAUUUAAGCAAGUUUGGCUGGGGUUUUUUCCACCAUUUUAUUGCGUAGGCCGCAAAAUGGCGAAUAUGA